AUGAUAAAGUCAUUACUCGUAUUCCUUUCACUUUUUUGUCAUAGUCCAAUAUGCAGUCAGUCUCUACUGACUACACUACCUACAAAUGAUGACACAAAUAAUAUAGCUCACACUACUGCAGCUACUACUGAUGUCGAUAACAAGGAUGUCACCGCUGCUGUAAAUGAACUGGUGGUAUUCACUGCAGCCGCUAAACGUUUCAAUCAAUUGUCAGACAGUUUAAGCUGGCAUCUAGUAAGCAAUAUAACUGGAGUGAAAAAGCAUAAUGAUGGACAAAUGUACUUUGUCAUGCAUUUUACAGAAACAAAUUGUUCGAAAUUGGAAAUGAAAGAAUUCAAAUCUGAGGAGUGUCAAAUGUUGAAUAAUGCAGCUAAAACAAUAUGUCUGGUCAGGACACACGUUCAACAGAUGCAAAAAGAAAUCAGAAUAAAUGAUUGUAUCAAAAUGGUGGAAAGAAGUUUAGAUCUUGCCAAGGAUAUACGUGAUAUUGAUCGUAUGAGUCUGAGAAAUGACUACUGGUCAUCCGUGAUAAUGGAAUCAGUCAAUUCGUUGAAUCUGCAAAAGAGGUUUCCAAAGAUAUUACGAUUGUAUCGUGUAUUGGUCGGUACAGAGAUUAGAGAUGACGACUAUGUUUCGGAACUGACUGUUACUUUGAGAUCAACUAAAUGUGACUUGGUGGAUGACUUGAAGGAAUUACGGGCUCUUCGUACAAAUUCAUGUUAUGUUGAAUACCAGGAACCAUCGUUUAUCUGCAGACUACGGGUGUACAGGAGUUCGAAAAAUGGUUAUGUGAGAUCAUCACACUGGGAAGACUGCCAGAAAAUUACAAAUCCCUUGGUCUUUCCACAUCAUAACAAAAAAGAGAAGUAUCGGUCAAAAGAAUUAUUCCUAAACACUACACAAUUACGCCGUCCACUUAAAACACACGAACUGGCUGACAAACACUUUAAAGAUGCAGUUGGUAAAUGGUUUCAGGUGUAUGAUUCAUAUCACAAAAACGCACCACAUGUGGCUGCACACUCCUGGAUUGUAGAUGCUUAUUCUGACACUCAUGGUACGUAUACAUUUACGUCUGUUGUGGCAUUCUAUGCUUGUAAUAAUCCAACUGAAGAUCAAGGGAGACAAACAACUAACAGCUGUGAUAAAUCAAAAUCAAAGACACAUUAUCGUUUAUGUGAUGUGGAAGUCACAAAGAAACUUUAUGUUGCAUAUACCUGUCAACGUGAUAUCUUGGAUUCUAAACCAUCAAACGCGAAACUAUUGAUGCCAGGCUCAGAAGAAGAAAAACUUCUUAAAUAUCGUAGUCUAAUUGAGAAAGAUUUAAAUGCACGAGCGAACCUACCAUAUACUUAUGAAAUAGUUGAGACCAGCCAAUGGACAAUAAAUAAUGACAGCUUCAAGUUGAAUGUGUACUUAAAACCAACGGUUUGCAAAAAGGUUACAUGCGACAUCGAACAGAACAAGGAUAAACUUAUUCUUUGUGAAGUUGAAGCGUUCUACAAGAAAAAUGACCAAAGCCAUUUAGAGAGUAUCGACAUUUCCAACUGUCUAAUGAUGGAGAAUCUUAAGCAGGAGUUCGUUGGACACUGGGACACUGUAGAAUAUGAAGAUGUCAAAAAUACAUAUUUUGACUAUCUUGUCAAACAAGCUGUAGAGCUAUUCACUGGCAGUGGACAAGUCUAUCCCAAAGAAGCUAUCCAAGUGAUGAAUGUAAAAAAUAUCAGUGUACAGGUGGGCGAAAAUAAUGUGACAAGUUUCAAUAUACUCUUGAGUUAUCAGCAGGAGAAUUCUGCCAUGAAUCAGAGAUCUUUAACACCAGAAAUCGAUGGUCUCUACGGAAUGGACUGUUACCCUAAGUGUGCACAAACUAAUAAGAAGUGGCAAUGUAGCUUUACAGCUGUUGCAGACACAGUUAAACAGAAAAUCAACACAAGCCUGCACAACUGUUAUCAAUUGCUGGAAGAGCCAGAUAGUGAAAAUGUUUCAGAAGAAGCAAAAUCCUUAGGCGAAUCUGAUUUGAAGAUUUCUGAUGAUCUCAAGGGAAUAUUUGACAAGGUUUUAAGAUUGUAUAACAAACGCUCUACUAGUUUAGUCUACGACAAAUUAGUUUCAUACAAGGACAUGCAAAAACAAAAAGUGUCAAUCGUUUAUAAACAGACUUUUGGUGACAACAGUCACACGUACAACACGAAAGGAGAGAAUUUCACAUUCACCGUCUACUUAAAGCCAACUGGAUGUGUAAAAUCGAGGCAUGCAGAUAAGAUAAAGCAUGAAAAGUUUGAAGAUUGUGGAGCAGUGACAGAAAAUUACACAGUGGUUUGUCAAGUGACUGCACUGCAAGAAUACGAUGACGAAGAUGACGACGAGGAGGACUUGUUUAUACGAGUUCGAUUUGCAGAAUGCACUACAAUUUAUAAGCGUAAAUGGCAAAUACCUGAAACUUAUGAUGAGAUUUUAAAACGAACCCUAUCCGUAUUCAAUGCACAGAAUGGACGGCGUCAUUUGUAUUCAAUUAAUACAGUUGAAAAUUUCACAAUGACAACUAAAAGUCAUGCAAAAGAUACAGAAGCGAAGACUAUUCACUUUGAUGCUGUUUUUCAACCAACAUAUUGUGUGAAGGGUAGACAUGAACGCUUGUUCUAUGACAAUCCGGAUCACUGUACAGAUCCUGAGGUUACGGAAGUUUUCAAAUGUAAAGCGAUUGUCAGUCAAAUUGAUGAUGCAAGACAAUAUUUACUAAGAAAUUGUAUGCAAGUACAAAAUAUUCACUUAUCCGGUCCUAUAACACAAUAUAAUAGCUUUGAAUAUACCGGUCAAAUGCCUGAUAUCGAAACAUUAUCUGAACGUGCGCUCAAUGCAUACAACAAGUUAUUGGAUAACAGAGUGAGCUAUGAAAUACUAAGCAUUGAAGAAAUUGAAUUCAAGUAUGCUGUAGGUGAACAACUUGACUUCAGUGUCAUACUUCGACCCAGAGGAGAAGGCGGUUCAGCUAAGAAGGAAAAAAAUUCACACUUAAUUCAAUGCCAUGUGCACUGGAGCAAUCGACCUUGGUUAUAUGGCCAGGAUCUCAUGAAAUUGGGAGAAUGUAUAAUGAUAGAAAUCGAUACCAAAAUACUUCAAAUGAAUGUUUGGUUUGAGGAUUUCGAUAUAGUCGCACGAUUGAUCAGUGAAGAAAUCGGUGAAUAUGAAUCAUUCAAGCUUGGUUCACUCCCACACUGGACGGCUAAUAUAUCUGAUGGCAAACGUCACAGAAUGAAUUUUGUCCUUGCUAGGAUUCCUAACAAAAAUUCACCAUAUCGAGGUGUCGUAGAAGAGGAAGAAAACCAUUCGAAACUGUUGGUUGGGGCUGCACUUAACUGUACUGUGGAAGUAUGGGUUAGACCAUGGCUAAACAAUUCAAGACUCAUAAAAGUUGAACGGUGUGACGAAUAUGAACACUAUCUCAUGGAUAAAAUUUAUAUGAAGAAGCCAGUGAAGAAAGCCAACAUAAACUUGAGUGAAUCCCUCCGACGUCGUUUACCUGGUCAACAUAGCAUAUGGCAAAAACACCUUGUUAAUAAUAGCCUUAGCAGUUACAUGGCAUUCAUGAAUGAGGCUAUGGAAAUGCAAUUAGCGGUGCAUGCUGAAAAAAUGAAUGUCGCAUGA